AUGUAAUCUUAAUCAAUAGGAGAAGUAUAUCAAUUAAAUUCAAUUAGGACGACAUGAAAUAAUCAGAUGACAAGAAUAAAGAUCAAAUAAGCUACUGUGAAUUAUACUCAUUUAAUCUAACUUAUGAAGAGAUUUAAUAAGAAUCAAAGGAUAAAAAUAUCAAAUUGAUUCCAGAUGAUAAAUAAGUAUUCUUUGAAAUAAUAUUGAAAGAAUAAGUUACAUAUAUAUUUUAUAUAAUUAGUAAAUGAGAUUGGAUAAGAACUAUUAAGAUUUGUAUAAAUCAUAUUCUGGUAAUGUAGAAGAAAUGAUUCGUUCAAAAAUAUUUAAAUAAUAUGGAUAUGAUGAUUGUCCUACAAAUCAUAAAUUAUAUUAUGUAUUAACUUAGAAAUUCAGAAAUGAUCCUGAAUUGAAAAACUAAGUAUUCUUUUGGAGAAAUAAUGUAAUGAAAGGAUGCAGAGUAGCUUUAAAUUAAGAGCCACCUGAUAUUUAAUUAGUAAAUUUAGAAAACAAGAAAGUUUCACUAUUAAAAUUAAUGAUACAGUGUCAUAAAGAGAAUAGACUUCUUGUUGUUUAUUCUGGUAGUAUUACAUGACCUCCAUAUCGUGAAGCUAUCUCUGAUUAUAUUGCAUUUACAUAAAAGUACAAUGAUAUUUGCAAAUGCAUUAUUAUCUAUGUAAGGGAGGCUCAUUUUGUUGAAAGAGAUGAGGAAGGUAAAUUUUUGGAUGGAUGGCCUAUUGGAUUCUAUGAAUAUGAAUAUCCAUAACACAAAUCUUAAAAUGAUAGAUAGA